AUGUGGAAGAUCUGGAUGAUUUUAACCUCUCAUGUCAGCUUCACCAAUCUGAAGUGCGAUAUGAUCGACAGAAAAUUUGGAAGCUUUGAAAUAUGUCACAUAAAAGCAGUGAAUCGAACGCAUAAAUACAUAAAUGUUCAUGUGAAGCUAAAUAUACUACCAAUUAAUAAUAUGAUGAUCAAAUUAGAAGCAAUGCGAUACGACAAUGGAUAUAGACCGUUUUUUAUGGCCAUGAAUUUCGACUUUUGCAAGUAUAUGAAGAAUCCAAGGCAAAGAUCAAUGAUAUUUUUGAAAGAAAUACAUUCCACGUUCAUCAAUGCUUCAAACUUAAAUCAUACUUGUCCUUACAAUAAUGAUGUUUUGAUUGACAAAUUUUGGACUGGCAAUCUUGAAAAUGCGUUCUUAGGAUUACUUCCCGUACCCAAUGGAGAUUAUGCCAUCUACUCAUCGUGGUAUACUUCAAAAAUUCUUCGCUUGACAGUCAAUAUUUACUUCAAAAUAACAAACUGAAAUACUUUUUUUACGGAUAAGCAAUUAGGCGUAUGUUUUAGGCGUGUGUUUUAUUUUUAUUGUGUUUUUCUUUAUUUUAAAGUCUCGAUUUUGGCCACGCAUCGAAUUCAAUUUAUUUACUAAGAAAACCGUACUUAUUUGAGGCUUCUAUUUAUUACAUUUAGUUAACCCAAAGACGUAUUUCUCAUGCCUGUUACUUUUUACUAAAAUAUUUAUAAUAAGCACAAUUUUACCUCUAUUUUUAUUAUUUGAUUUUUGUUAAUCAAAAAUCAGUUAAAUGACAUAAUUGACUU